UAUACUCAAGAGUGGAUGGUAACGACAUCAUAAAAUUUUUAUUUUCCCACAAACACCCUCAAAAUGAUGUUAAAAUCUUCAGUUUUGUGCAUUUCAGUACUGCUCAUUGAGUCAAUAUCCUGCCAAUGCUUCGGCGGUCUUGAUGCCUUCGGAAUGGGUUAUGGCCCACUGGGAGGACCAUUCAGUCCAUCGUUGGGGCCUUCAAUAGGACCGGUUAUUGCUCCAGCAGCAGCCCCAAUUUUGGCUUCUAGCGGAGGCGGUUUCUCAGUCACAAGUGCUUCACCCAUCGCUCCUACAGGACUGUCAAUUCUUUCAGAGAACUUGGCCAUCGACGGUGGUUUAGCUGUUGGCGGUCAGCUACCAUUCCUAGGCACCGUUGCACUUGCAGGUGACUUCCCUACUGUAGGAGCUGGCGCUGUCUCUUACGGAUGUGGAGAUGGUGCCAUCGGCAUUAUAGCCGAGAGUCCUAUAGGACCCCUAGGUCCAGUAGGAGCUCCAGGUCUAGGAUACAGAUCUGGUUGUGGAAAUGGUGUUUGGUAUUAAUUUGUUUUUGUUCAGUUAUUGUUGUUUGUAAAAUAAAUAAAAAUAAUUGUUACUAAA